UAAAAAUGGGAUAGUCCUCAACUUCUCAAAGACUCAAACCCUUCUCUCUCAUAAAAACCAUAAUCAUCACUCUCUCGCUCCCUCCUCCUCCGGAAACCCCUUUUUUCUGUUGGUUCCGGUUACUCUCUUACAUUUUCGUACAGUUUGCUACACCUGUAAGCUAUUGGAAUUGCUGGAAAAUUUUAGGGUAUAGUGUGCUUGGGGAUUGUGAUUUUGUCAGUUGAUUGUGUUGUCUGAUUGAUUGUUCAAUUCGAGUGGAAUAGAGUGAUUACUUGCUGUGUUUUUCGACCGCGAACUGGACUGGGUGGCGUCGUUUCGCUUCUCAAGUUCAUCAGGCACUAAAUAUGAAAUAAUCAUUAUCUCAAGAAGGCAGCGUCCUUAGCCACUGAAAUUUGUUGUCCACUGGAGGUUGCCUCCAAAGAUGCCUUCUCUUCAGCUUCUGCAGUUGACUGAACGUGGUCGAGGACUUUUGGCCUCAAGAAGGAAAGCUCUAAUUCUUGCCACUAGUAUUGCUGUUGUUGGUGGAACUGCUACUGCUGCAUAUAUUCAGUCACGAAAUAUCAAUAGAAGGCGCAAUUCUUUUGGCCAUUCUAAUGGAGUCCAGGACAACAAAGAUGAACCAGACCAGUUAAUUGGAAAUGAUAAGAAUGUAAAGAAGAGUAGGCAAAAAAGAGGAAAUUUGAGGUCUCUCCAGGUUUUGGCUGCUAUUUUGUUAUCUCGGAUGGGGAGGAUGGGUGCAAUGGAUAUUUUAUCUUUGGUGGCUAUAGCGGUAUCUCGAACUGCUGUAAGCAACAGAUUAGCUAAAGUCCAGGGUUUCCUUUUUCGUGCCGCUUUCCUCCGUCGUGUACCAGCAUUUCUUCGUCUUAUCAUUGAAAAUAUUUUGCUGUGUUUUCUCCUAUCAACAUUGAAUUCCACCUCUAAGUAUGUAACAGGGGCCUUGAGUUUACGGUUCCGAAAAAUUUUGACGAAGCUUACACAUGCGCAAUAUUUUCAGAAUAUGGUGUACUACAAGAUGUCCCAUGUUGAUGGUCGGAUAAGCAAUCCCGAGCAGCGAAUUGCCAGUGAUAUACCAAGGUUCUGUUCAGAAUUGAGUGACCUUGUGCAAGAGGAUCUAAUUGCUCUCACUGAUGGGCUGCUCUAUACUUGGCGCCUAUGUUCAUAUGCCAGCCCAAAAUACAUAUUCUGGAUCCUGGCAUACGUGUUGGGGGCAGGGGCCACAAUUAGAAAUUUCUCACCAGCAUUUGGGAAACUUAUGUCCAAAGAACAGCAGCUGGAAGGGGAAUAUAGGCAAUUGCAUUCACGGUUAAGGACCCAUGCGGAAAGCAUAGCACUCUAUGGUGGAGAAAAUAGAGAGCAGUUUCACAUUCAGAAGAAGUUUGAGACUCUUGUGCGGCAUAUGAAGCGUGUUAUUCAUGAUCAUUGGUGGUUUGGCAUGAUUCAGGACUUCUUACUUAAGUAUCUUGGUGCUACUGUUGCCGUUAUCCUGAUUAUUGAGCCCUUUUUCUCUGGAAAUUUAAGACCUGAUUCUUCUACCUUAGGACGUGCAGAGAUGUUAAGCAAUUUAAGAUAUCACACAAGUGUUAUAAUUUCAUUGUUCCAAUCCCUGGGAACUCUUUCUAUAAGUUCAAGACGGCUGAAUCGUCUCAGUGGCUAUGCAGAUCGUAUCCAUGAGCUCAUGGGUAUAUCUAGAGAGCUUGCUGUAAGAGAUGCAACUUCCCAACAGGCUGAUGGGAGUAGGAACUAUGUGAGCGAGGCAAAUUACAUUGAGUUUGAUGGUGUCAAGGUUGUUACCCCAACUGGUAAUGUGUUGGUUGAGGAUUUGACCCUAAAGGUGGAAUCAGGUUCUAAUCUUUUGAUAACAGGUCCAAAUGGAAGUGGAAAAAGCUCUCUCUUUCGGGUUUUGGGUGGGCUUUGGCCAUUGGUGUCCGGUCAUAUAGUGAAACCUGGAAUUGGUUCUGAUCUAAACAACGAGAUCUUUUAUGUGCCCCAACGACCAUAUACAGCAGUUGGAACUCUACGUGACCAGUUAAUCUAUCCUCUCACAGCAGAUCAGGAGGUCGAACCCCUUACUGAAAGUGAAAUGGCUGAGCUGUUGAAAAAUGUGGAUCUAGAGUAUCUUCUGGAACGGUACCCAUCUCAGAAGGAGGUGAACUGGGGUGAUGAAUUGUCACUAGGGGAGCAACAAAGGUUGGGAAUGGCUCGUCUCUUUUACCAUAAACCUAAAUUUGCUAUUCUGGACGAAUGCACAAGUGCUGUAACAACUGAUAUGGAGGAACGUUUUUGUGCUAAAGUUCGAGCUAUGGGAACCUCAUGCAUCACAAUUUCCCAUCGUCCUGCAUUAGUUGCAUUUCAUGACAUGGUCCUAUCCUUGGAUGGUGAAGGAGGCUGGACUGUUCAUUAUAAAAGGGCGGACUCCCCAGCUCUCGCUGAAUCUGAGUUUGUUAAGAAAAGGAGUUCUGAAACAGAGCGCCAAAGUGAUGCCAUGAUGGUCCAACGUGCAUUUGCUAAUACGAAGAAGGAACCAGCAUUUUCAGCCUCUAGGUCACAUUCCUCAAGGUUGAUAGCCGCAUCCCUUACUGGAGCAGAUGACCAAUCAUCGCCUGUCUUUCCCCAGCUGCAAAGUGUUCCAAGGAUAUUACCUUUACGAGUAGCUUCCAUGUUUAAGAUACUAGUGCCUACAGUGCUUGAUAAGCAGGGCGUCCAACUCCUUGCAGUUGCUGUACUGGUGUUAUCCAGGACAUGGGUAUCUGAUCGCAUUGCUUCCCUGAAUGGGACAACUGUAAAGUAUGUUCUGGAGCAAAAUAAAGCUGCUUUCAUUAAGUUGAUUGGCGUCAGUGUUCUCCAAAGUGCUGCAUCCUCCUUUGUUGCACCAUCUUUGAGGAACCUGACAGCUUUGCUUGCACUUGGAUGGAGAAUUCGUCUUACCAAACACUUGCUUAAAAAUUACUUACGAAAAAAUGCAUAUUAUAAGGUUUUUCAUAUGUCCCGGGUAAGUGUUGAUGCGGAUCAGAGAUUGACUCAAGACUUGGAGAAGUUAACUACCGAUUUGUCUGGAUUGGUCACUGGAAUGGUAAAACCUACUGUUGAUAUUCUAUGGUUCACCUGGAGAAUGAAGCUGUUAACUGGUCGAAGGGGAGUUGCAAUUCUGUAUGCGUACAUGUUACUAGGCUUGGGUUUUCUACGGGUUGUUACUCCAGACUUUGGUGACCUGACAAGUCGUGAGCAGCAACUGGAGGGAACUUUUAGGUACAUGCAUGAGAGAUUGCGGGCGCAUGCAGAAUCUGUUGCUUUUUUUGGCGGUGGUGCUAGAGAGAAAGAGAUGAUUGAAUCCAGGUUUAGAGCACUCUGUAAUCAUUCGAUGUUGCUUCUUAAGAAGAAAUGGCUCUUUGGUAUAAUAGACGAUUUCAUAACAAAGCAACUUCCCCAUAAUGUAACCUGGGGAUUGAGCUUGUUGUAUGCAAUGGAGCACGAAGGUGACAGGGCCCUGACUUCAACUCAAGGUGAACUGGCUCAUGCAUUGCGGUACUUGGCAUCUGUUGUAUCUCAAAGCUUUUUGGCUUUUGGUGAUAUUCUUGAGCUACAUAGAAAAUUCCUUGAGCUUUCUGGUGGUAUCAACAGAAUUUUCGAACUUGAAGAGCUUCUCGAUGCUGCUCAACAUGGACACCAUGAUGACUCUUCUUUACAAUCUACUCAAACACAAUCUCUCUCAGAUGAUAUUAUUUCUUUCUCCAAUGUGGAUAUUAUUACACCCACCCAGAAACUGUUGGCUAGACGGUUAACAUGUGAUAUUGUUCAAGGGAAAAGCUUGCUUGUUACUGGUCCAAAUGGAAGUGGGAAGAGUUCCAUUUUCAGAGUACUUCGAGGCCUUUGGCCUGUGGUCAGUGGAAGACUCAUUAGACCACACCAUCAAAUCGACUCUGGAUCUGCAUGUCAUCUCUUUUAUGUGCCUCAGCGACCAUAUACUUGCUUGGGAACCCUCAGAGACCAAAUAAUAUAUCCUCUGUCUUGUGAUGAAGCAGAGAAAAGAGUGUUACAUUUGAUUGAAGAAGGUCAAGAAUCCAUUAGUGCCAAAAUCAUUUUGGAUGAACACCUGAAAACUAUUCUGGAGAAUGUUAAAUUACUGUAUUUGUUGGAAAGAGAAGGUGGAUGGGAUACUUGCCAGAACUGGGAAGACAUUUUAUCUCUAGGGGAACAACAGCGUUUAGGCAUGGCACGACUAUUCUUUCACAAGCCCCAGUUUGGAAUCCUUGAUGAGUGCACCAAUGCUACAAGCGUUGAUGUCGAAGAGCACCUUUACAGGAUUGCAAGUGACUUAGGGAUCACGGUUAUGACAUCCUCUCAGCGUCCUGCUCUGAUACCAUUCCACUCAGUGGAGCUACGGUUAAUCGACGGUGAGGGUAAAUGGGAGCUCCGUACAAUUGAUCAGUGAGUUAAGAUGCUACUUCAUGUCCUUUUACUUGCAAUUUGACGCCAUAACCACUUAGAUAAUGAUAGUGGGGGGAAGUAUCUGCGUGAAGUGCCAACACCUCUCAAAUGACUGAGGAGCCAAAAUGGAGAAUAUACAAUUAUUGUUGUUAAUCCAAAUAAAGAAACAAAACUAGAGCACGAAAUAUAUAUAUAUAUUUUUCUUUUCCCCAUUUUGCGGUUCAGUUGGUGGAUGGGGUAGGAACUGCAGAAAUCCUAGAAUACAGAAACAGUGUAAAAAGUCGCAGCUGUUCACCAAUAAUUUAUCUGUCUUCUGUUGUAAUAUUUGAUAAUCGAUUAUUUCUAUUAGGCUGCCUCAACUAAUAAAGAGGCCUACUUCGCAGCUAAACCCUGUAUAGUAAUUUAAAACUUCUUAUUUCCAAUUGUACGUGCGUAAUAGGCCUUGAAUCUUUAUUCCUCCAUAGUUAAUUACAACAUAUUUUUUUGUAAUGAAUUUCCCUUUUGUAUCUUGC